AACAAAGCUUUCUUCUCUUCUUCCUAUUAGAUCUGUUUCUCUGUAUUUAUAGCAAUAGCAGUUCUUCUCUUCUUUUUUUUUUUGUUUUCUCACAGAAUUUUUCAUUUUCUCUUUAGAUUUGUGUUCUUCUCUCGUCUUUUGCAAUUUCUCAGAUCCAAGUUUAAUCCGAUUGUAACUAGUUUUUCCGAUGGCCGGAGUUGCCGUUCUUCAACCACAGGAUGUCCUUAAACAGCGUAUAAGUUAUCGUCAUAGUUAUGAACAGCCUAUGAGAUCUCGACGUAAUUCCAAUUCUAACCCUUUACCAAACCCUAACCCUAACCCUAAGAAUAACAACCGAAGAAAGCGAAGUCCACAAAAGAAUGGAUCGGCUAACCUAUCGAGUUCUCCUCCUGCUAAAAACCGCCCUAUGGUGAUGGGCGAGGUGAAGAUUCUGAAACGUGGUGAAGCGUUGACCAAGCCGGUCCCUUUGAAGGACGAUAACAAAAAGGUGAGUUGUGGAGUAGGUGAAGAUUUGGUGUUGUCGACUAUAGAUCGGCUUGGUCCAGAGCCGAAUAUGGUGCCGAAGCAGAUAAGGAUCGGUGAUUUUUAUGCUGGAUCGGCUUUUGUAACCUCGCCGCCUCCGAGCUCUUUGCCUGUGCCGGCUUUCUUCAACAAGAAGAAAAGUGAGAGUACCGACGAUGCUACUAGUGACUUGAGGCGUCUUCUCAGGCUCGAUCUGUCAUGAACGGUGGGAGUAGUUAAACAAUGAAACUUGAGCUUUGUUUGUUGCAGUUAUGGUGAUGAUCCUGGGAUGGUAAAGUGAUGGUGGUGUUGAUGGUGAUAGGGGUUUAAGUAUUUGAAUAAGAAGUUUGUGUUUUGCUCCCGGCUCGCGAAAACUUCCCUUAUUUUUUCAAGGGGAAGGACGAGUUGGCAAAGCAUUUUGUCAAAUUUCCUUGUUUAAGUUCCUUUAUUGUACCUUCCGUUAUAGCAGAAAAGUAGAUCUAGCUUAGGUUGCUGUUUUGGGUUGAUUUCGAAUAUACUAGUAACUUGUAUAGUCUAGUCAGAAGUUUGGGUAUUUCGUUUAAGUCUUUGUUGUUCUUAUUUUAGGGUCAGUAGGUCUAAUUUCAGUAGGGUAAUGGCUAGAGCCAUUUAAAGCUCUGUAAUACCCUUCUGUAUCUUAUGUUGUGUCUGUUUGGUUUUAUUUAUUUCUUUAUAGUUUAUGUUUCAUGAAGCAGUAAUGAGAAUGUUUAUAUUUUUAGUGUCA